AUGAGCUAACUUCACUUAUUUUUCGCAAUAAGGCUAACUAUAUUUUACUAUCUUUGGUCAUUCAUGGAAAGCUUUGUGUAUGGUCUGUUAAUAUACAUCUUCUAUGAUAUGAUUUUCGAUAAAAUUAUGAGUUUCUAUGGACUUAAAAGAGUUCCUUGUGGUCCAGAUCUGCUAUUUAAUAAGAUUGACUGCUACAUUUUGAUGUAUGCAUAUACCGACUAGAUAAAAAGCAUCGAUUCAAUCAAAGAACAGUUUAAAAAGAAUGGCAACCAUCUGGGGCACUUCAGGUCUAAGUAUGUAGAGCUUUUUGGAAGUCUGUAUCUUAGAGAACUCAAGGGAGCAGAAUUGAAAUCAUAGUGGAAAUAAGCUUUCAUUGAGGUAUAAGAAGAUAUCAAAGAUGAAAAAUAGCUAGGGCAGUACAUCACAAAAAUUGGCUCCGAGAAAAUUGAGAAUUGCUCUAUACAGUUUAGAAUUUACUUUAUCAAAAAUUUUAUGAAGGAUCAAUCAUGUAUCAUAAUAAAGACUGGGCAUGGCUUGGCAGACGGAGUUGGAAUACUUUUGGCUGCAUGUGGAUUAUAAGAUUCAUUCGAUCAUAAGCAAUUGCCUGUACUAAAACCUUAUAGUUUUGUAGAUAGCUUUAUGAAACAUUUAAUGGCUUUCUUUUUCUUGUAUUAUGCAUUUAUCCCACCAAAGAAUGUUGUUGACCCCGUUAAAAUUGAUCCACCCUGUUGGGAGGCAGUUGAUAAAGCUCCCUCUUAAUCAAUUUCGAAAGAUUUUAAGGUUUCUAAUGUCCUUUAGCUUGCUAAGAAAUUUAAUUGUACUGUUAAUGAUUUAAUGAUGGCAGUAAUCAAUUUGACAAUGAGAGAUUAUUUUGCCAAAAAAGGCUAAAACUAUGAAAAGAUUAAAUUUGCUGUUGCAAUGAAUUGUAAGAGAAGACCUGAUAAAGUUGAAGAUUUUUAUUACUUGAACUACGCUCAUUCAGAACUAAUAUUCAGCGACAUGAAGUAAGAGUAUGAUUUUCAAACUGUGGUUAAUCAAGGAAGAGAUCAUAUGAGUUUGCUCAAAAACAGUUACAAAGAGCUAAUUGUAAUUUACAUCUAAAAAGUGGUAAGCUACUUUAUGCCCAGUUUCGUUCUUAAUAAUCUGAUUCCAGCAAUGAUCAAUCUUUCACCUAAAAUUAGCAUCUCUAAUUUGAAUGGACCUACUGCUCCUUUACAAUUUGGUGGAGCUAAAACAAGAGCUAUGUCAUUUACUUGCACAUUCGGAGGAUCGUAUUGUUUUUUCUCAAUAUUCUCUCACUUAGAAGUAAUGAAGUUAGGACUCUAUGUCUCUAGAAUGAAUAUUGAAGGAGAUGAGCUAAUGGAGAUGAUGGAAAAGAAAAUUGAAGAAUUGAUGUUAUAAAAAAUGAUAAAGUGA